AGAACAGUACCCUCCAGACAUGAGACAACCAUCAAUUUCAACAACAACAAUACCACCACCCCACUUACAUUAUGCCUGAACUGCAGUAUAUGCAACAACCAAUGCCACUUCAGGACACAGGGCAAGUACAGAGACAACAACACUAUCAAGUCUCUAGACCUGGGAGAGGUUUUGAUCCUACCAGAGGCCACGACAGAGACAUCCAAUUUUACAGGUCUAUAGCCAGAGCCCCCAAACUGGAGUUUCCCAAGUUUGAUGGCACAAAUCCUAUGGAAUGGUUGAGAACAACAGAGAAAAUUUUCUCCAUGGUCUAUGUGCCAGAAGAAGCAAAAUGGGGCUAUGCACAGAUGUAUCUCACAGGAAAGGCAGAUGUGUGGCUAAGAAACUCUGGCAUCUUAGAAGAGAACCUGACAUGGGACCAAUUUUGUGAUGUGAUAAUCAAGAGAUUUUCUGGUGACAGAUCAUAUGAAAUUGUGGAAAAAUUCAACUCCAUUAAGCAGGGCCAAAGUUCUGUCUCUGAGUACACUGACACAUUUGAAGAAAAAAUGGCAGCUUACAAAAAAGAAAAUCCCAGAGUAACAGAAUCAUACUAUGUAAAGUGUUAUAUCAAUGGACUCAAGCCCGAAAUCAAAAAUUACCUCAAGCCUUUCAAACCACCUACCCUGUCUGAUGCAGUAGAGACCGCAAGGGACAUGGAGCUAGGAGUGUUAGCUCAAGGUAAUCAAAAGAAAUUAACAUCCUUCAAUGGCUACCAGAAACCAAACAACCCAAACCCCGUGCCUGACAAAUUCAGACCCAAUGACAGGAAGGACACUGACACCAAAACAAACACAAGGCCUGAACCUAAGUAUAGGGAACCUGGCACUUGCAGGUACUGUGGUGGCAAAUGGUUCUUUGGUCACAAGUGUGCUCAGUACAAAACUCUGAAUUUGAUGGCUACAGAAGAAGCAACAGAACAGGAACAUCCUAAUGACUGUUAGGAAAGCAACUUAUCUUUAUUGAAGGCCCAAGGGGCAUA